UACACUUUUUUACAGAAAUACCCAAACUUCAGGAGUUCCUGCAGGAGCUCAAUGACUGUCACAGAGAGACGUUGAACUACGUGUCCGGAGCCCGCGGGAUCCUCUCUCUGAUUCAAGGGGCCAGCCACAGAGGACGGUCGGAGAUAAAGAAAGAUGUGUGCACAAUCCUUGAAGAAAAGAUGACGGAUGAACUUGAAAAAGUCCAUAAACAAAUGGAAGAAACUUACCAGGCUUUUGAAAACUGCCUCAGUGCGGGAGUUGAAAAAUCUGAAAGUUACUGUGAAAAAGUCUUGGAGUCGGUGAUAAAUCCUAGAAAACCAGGAGGUGGUUUCCACAAGACAUUGCGGUGUUUAGUCGAGCACAAUGGCAUCCACAACGCAGGAAGAAAAAAAAAUCAAAAAAAGAAGAAACAAAUAAAUCUCAACAUGGCGUUAUCUUCAUACCUGACUGAGAGCAUCGAUGAGAAAUUCAAGGAGACCUUCCCAAAUGAAGUCAAUUGUGGACCAUUCAACGGAAAACUCAAUUCGUUUUCACUUGACACAAAGAGGAUGAAAAUGAAUCCAGAGUACAAAGAUGUGGAACUUCAACUGGAGUUUCUCAAUGCAGAGGAAAUUAAGAUGAAGAAGAAGCUCAUCGAAAUCAUCCGCGACCGCAAGAAAAGGAUCUACAGCAGUCUGAUGACAACAGUUGAGGAAUCAAUGCAGAAAUGCUAUGACGAUGCAAAAGAAAUUAGAGGAGAUAACUCCCUGAGAAACAUGAGGGAAAUGAUGAAGAAGCGCGUUCAAGAUUCAAAAAACAUCAUGUUUAAACAUGCUAAAAAGGUCAUGUUGAACCAGCUGAGAAGCUUGAUGGACGACAUCCUGAAGGACCUGAAAGAGACGAUGCAGGAAUCAAUCGAGCUGUCGCUCAAGACAGACGGUUACUCAAUCCCAGAUGUUGCAGAGGAGCUUAAUAUGGUGAAGAACCACUAUAAAGGACUGAAGGGAAGCGCAGAAGACCAGUAGUUUGUUCGUCCGCCAAGCUGCUGAACAGCUGAUGGGCAGCUGAAGAGCCCGAACCCUUUGAGACGUGAGGCCUCUGGAUUUGGUCUCAACCAUUUUCAUCAAACAUACAAUACAUACAUAUUCAUAGCGAUUUGAGAUAUUAUAUGUUCAUGUGGCCUUUUAGUUUUUAAAUGAUUUUUUUUUUAAAUGUUUUCUUUCAUUUUCAAAGAUAAAACUUGAUUGCUGCAAAAUAA